CUUGAUUUUUAGAAUGGGGGGAAAGGUCCUAAAGAGCACAAACCUUACCCUUCUGUUUGAUCAAACUGAUCCUCACAAAGUGCUGACAUUACUGUCUGGCAGGAAAUGAUAGAGGCUAGAAACAUAUCAUAAACGUUUAUAAUAUCAGGAAUUUUGGGAGACUACCCUGAAAACAACUUCUGUCAGAGGAAUGGCAUCAUCUUUACAAAUUUGUGCAUUGCUGCUGGCUUUGACAGGAUUCACCAUUUUGCUUGUCACUACCAUGUCCAACAGAUGGAAAAUUUCUGACACUACAGCGGUGCUAGUUCCUGCAGAAAGGAUUUCUGAAGGUCUUUGGAUGGAAUGCACAGUUACUGAGUUUGGAUCAACACAGUGCAAGAAGUUUCUCUACAUGUUGAGUUCAGAUAUCCACAUUCAGGCAUGCCGUGCCUUGAUAAUUGUUUCCAUCCUUUUGGGAUUUAUAGCUGCAGUGCUCUCACUUCUUGGUUUAAAAUGCACAAACAUUGGGAUAAGCGAUGAAGAUGGAAAAAUGAAGUUUGCUGUCACAGGAGGAUUUCUCUUUAUUUUAGGAGGUCUCUCUUCGAUGGUGGCUGUUUCUUGGUAUGCUGCAAUGAUUACUGCUCAGUUUUUUGACCCGCUGUACGCUGGAACCAAGUAUGAACUAGGAGAUGCUCUGUACUUAGGCUGGGCUGGAUCUAUUCUUUAUAUGCUUGGUGGUAUCUUCCUAACCUGCUCAUGCAAAGGGAAGCAAAAAAUGGAAUACAGUGCCAGCAAAUACAGAUAUUCAGCAGGCCAGCCAGCCCUUCAGCAGCAAAUUUACACCAAAAACUCUGAGACAGCUACAAGUGCCAAGGAGUAUGUCUAAACUGAUAUUUUUACAUCACUUGUAAUGUUAGUAGGUUAUGAAUUUAAAUUAGCAAAGUGAACUACUUCCGGUGUUUCAGUUCCAAGUUGCUAUCUUUCAUCUUAAUUUGGAGAUGAUUUACAUCUGAGCACCUCCUCCUGGAAAUGGUUUUAAAGUGGAAAUAGGUUUCUACAGAGAAUGAAAUCCUGCAGCAUGAAGAUUGUCUGUGUGCUGAGAAGCCUGGUCAAAUUGAAUCACAGAGUGUGGUACAUCCUGAUAAUCAAGACCAACUUUUUCUAUUUCAGAAAACUAAAAAAUGUGUAACACAUAUGCUGUAGCUGCCUGCUGGUUAAUAUAGCUCGCUGUUAGAAAUGUAUUGUAUUUUCAUUAAUGUUUAGCAGCUUUGGCUUUUGACAGUAAAGCUUUAUUCCACUGACUGACUGAAACAGAUUUUUCGAUGAGAAGCAUCCUGGCAAUUAAUGAAGAUGCAGCCUAUGUACCAGGGCUUGAAGUCUCAUGGUAUACUGAAAUACAUAUAAUGUAUAUAGUCAAGAUUUAUGAAACCUUUGAAAAUCCUUUAGAAACAUCCAUUCACCUCCGUAUCUGCAGAUGUACAACUAAUGCCUUGUUGGUUGGAAUGCAGCUAGGAAAGAUAAAUGACACAAGAAUGAACCAAACACAGCUUGGAGUGGAGAAAGCAUUUGGUCAGAAUACGCCUUGUUGUAACUAGAAGACAGCCCUGGUUUUUUAUUUUUAUUUCUAUGUUUUCAGGUUUUAAAAUAAUUCUAUUUUAACUUCCAGCAAUCUCUUACUUUGGGAACUUCUCUUGCAUCUGAAUUGCCUCAUUCAUCAGUUACUUUAUUCUCUGUUGCAAUUCCAGCUUUAGAAUUUCUGCCUUAAACUACUCCACUAUUGGGAGCAUAUGUUUGGCUUAUGUAAGCACUUACGAUGCUGAAGAUGAACUAACUUUCCUUCCUACUGAUGUUUUGAGCAACGUGGAAUGGAAUUUCACUCUGUAGGUUCUUGGUGUUCAUAACUUCCCUCUUAAAUUAUAAAUGUUUUAAUACAGUUCAACAAAAUACUUGGGUAUUUCUUUCUGCUUUGAACAACUUUUGGCAAAACAUAGCAGUACUCUUCUUUAGAAGCUUCACACCAUCCUCCUGAGCCUUCCUUCUUUGUCUAUCCAAAUAGAUGAUUUCACAGUGCAAUCUGCAAGUACUUUUAGAAAAAAUAGUUUAGCCACGUUGCUUGCAUACAAGUACAGCUGAACAGCUGACUUAUAAACUGACCUAUUAAAGCAUGAAUUUGGGCACUUGUAGAUCUUUUAAAACUUAGUAAAUAAAGCUAAAAGGAGUCAUAAUUA